AUGCUCCGGCCAGACGGACAGGACUCAAGGGGGUCGGCUCCUGAGGUGGUACUUGACGACCACGGAACCGGGGGCCCGGCAGGCGGGGCUUCACCGAGGUGUGAUGUUCUGCUGUGCUCCUCAGGGUUCUCCCAGUCUCAGACCCAGAGCCAUCAGAAGGAGAAGGACUCUCCUGAGUACACCAAUGACUUUGGGAUCUUUAACUCUCUGUGGUUCUCUCUGGGAGCCUUCAUGCAGCAGGGCUGCGACAUCUCCCCCAGGUCGCUGUCCGGUCGCAUCGUGGGGGGGGUGUGGUGGUUCUUCACCCUCAUCAUCAUCUCCUCUUACACCGCUAACCUGGCUGCCUUCCUCACGGUGGAGAGGAUGGUUUCGCCCAUCGAGGGCUCCGAGGACCUGGCCAAGCAGACGGAGAUCGCCUACGGGACGCUGGACGGCGGCUCCACCAAAGAGUUCUUCAGGCGGUCAAAGAUCGCCGUCUUCGAGAAGAUGUGGUCGUACAUGCGCAGCACGGACCCCACCGUGUUCGUGAAGAACACCAACGAGGGCGUGAGCCGCGUCCGCAAGUCGAAGGGGAAAUACGCCUACCUGCUGGAGUCGUCCAUGAACGAGUACAUCGAGCAGAGGAAGCCCUGCGACACCAUGAAGGUCGGAGGAAACCUGGACUCCAAAGGCUACGGGGUGGCCACGCCCAAAGGAUCCGCCCUCAGAAACCCUGUUAACUUGGCAGUUUUAAAACUGAACGAACAGGGCCUGUUGGACAAAUUGAAAAACAGAUGGUGGUAUGACAAGGGAGAGUGCGGCACCGGGGGAGGGGACUCCAAGGACAAGACGAGCGCGCUCAGUCUGAGCAACGUGGCCGGCGUGUUCUACAUCCUGAUUGGAGGACUGGGCCUCGCCAUGCUGGUGGCGCUGGUCGAGUUCUGCUACAAGUCCCGCAUCGAGUCCCGCCGGAUGAAGGUGAGCACUCAACACGACUUAUCAGAAUCAGAAUCAAGUCACAAGGAAAUCCUUUACAUAAUUAAUAGAUAG